GUGGGUGAUGCUUCAUUCGAGUGAAGAUGCGAGCAACCGCAGGUCAGAGCAGGAGAAUGCUGUUAUCAUAUAGCGGGAUGCAUUCGCAGGCUUAUGCGUGUUUAUGUAGCCCUUCUGCACUUUUACCGCGGGAAUCGCCGAAGCUGCGCAUCCGGUAACCCUACAAACGCCUUGAAACGCUCUAUACUCGCGGACUGGCCGACUCCAACGCUUUCUGGUCAAGGCCCAGCGCCCCUCGACUACUACCAAACAGCACUGCGCGCCUGCGCGGUAGGCAUGGCCAUCCUCACAGCACCAUUGAUCCCUUUAUUCCGAGGCUGGUGCUGUGGCAUUCUUACAAGCUUUGUCUUUGAUGGUUGGAGAGAGACGGAAUAUCGUUGAUGGAAAUGUGCUUUCCGACGAAAUGUUUUUCUCCCGUUCCUACUCCCGUUCGUUUUGCUUCUCUAUGUUGUUUCUACCUGAUUAUCGUGAAAUAAAAACACACGAUCCUUUUUGUACAUGA